AUGACAUUCGGACGCCGCGACCGCGUUUACAACAACUGCCAAAAGGUCUGGGGCCCAGGUAAGUACAAUGUCAACUGCCAGGUUCCCAACCGAGGGCGAUGCUGCUGCGUGGUCCACAAGGACACCGGGAACGGCUAUGGCCCGCCGUUGGCGCAUACCGGGUGGUGUAACUCGGAGGAUCAGGCUUGGGGCCAGUUGGAUCAGAACAUCCGCGACCAGAUCCCCGGCGGGAAUCAGAGCGGAGGAUAUAGGAAUAAUCAGGGAGGGAAUUGGGGUCAGGGAGGAGGGGGUGGAGGAUAUGGAGGUAAUCAAGGAGGGAAUUGGAAUCAGGGAGGAUGGGGUGGAGGAUAUGGAGGUAAUCAAGGAGGGAAUUGGGGUCAGGGAGGAGGUGGAGGAUAUGGGGGUUAUCAGGGAGGGAAUUGUAAUCAAUGGGGAGGAUACGGGAACCAAGGAGGUGGUUACAACCAGGGAGUCGGGAAUCGAGUACCUGGAAGAGGACCUGGAAGAGGACCUCAAUGCAGACCCAGACCAUGCUAAGGGCAUGAGAUAC